UGUCUUUUGCUGGUGGAUCCCUUACCCUUGUGGGAGGGGGAAGCGGAGCUUAUCCAACCAGAACUUGUCUGCUUACCGCAUGCUUGAUUAUCUCCCCCCCUCCUCCAGCAUGUAAAUCCACCACAAAGAAGCUGAAGUUCAAAUAGGGCUGUUUUAGCCUCGCUUGAAAUGAUGGAUUGAAAGCUUCAAAACUGAAAUGCAAAGAGCCAGAGCUCCUGAAAAGCAAGUCGGUGCUGCAGCCUAUUGUCCCUGAGUGUCCAUAGCAUGGGGACCGGCGGCUUUGAUUCAGCGAGCAAAUUAAAGGAACAAGAAUUUAAACAAUAAGGAAGUAACAGGACUGCAAUAGCCUUCUUAUGUUAUUCGUCCAAGCACAGUACCAAAUGCAUGAAGCUUUUCAUGCAACAGAAACUAGAUAACCCUAUUUUGCUGCAAUCAGUGAUGUUACUAUUUCUCUGGAUGAUCUAGUCAGUGAAUCUUUUAUUGUUAUCUUUAAAGCAAGUCUCAAGAUUGAAGAGAGAAACCAGAAGGAAACAGGAUCACAAAUCGCUUUUCAUACAAGCCCAAUUCAAAAAUAAAGGGACCAUGAAGGCAGCAGUUUGCUUAUUGCUAAUGGCUAUUGUGGGAGUGCGUGCCAGCAAGACCCAAGAUUUCGAAGGCAGCGAUGAAGGAGAGGAGCAAGAAUUCAUUUACACAAACAGGUAUAAGCGCUCCAGCGACACACAAGACAAGUGCACUUAUACCUUCAUUGUACCUCAGCAGAAAGUGACGGGUGCCAUUUGUGUUAAUUCAAAGGAACCCGAAGUACUUGAAAACAGGGUAAAUAAGCAAGAACUGGAGCUACUGAACAAUGAGCUGUUAAAGCAAAAGAGGCAAAUAGAAACCCUCCAGCAGCUGGUGGAGGUAGAUGGAGGAAUUGUUAAUGAGGUGAAGCUUUUACGAAAAGAGAGCCGCAACAUGAACUCGCGGGUCACCCAGUUGUACAUGCAGCUGUUGCAUGAGAUCAUCCGAAAACGGGACAAUGCUUUAGAACUUUCCCAACUGGAAAAUAAGAUACUGAAUCAGACUGCUGACAUGUUGCAGCUUGCAAAUAAAUACAAAGACCUGGAGCACAAGUACCAACAUUUGGUAUCCAUUGCUAACAACCAGUCUAUAAUAAUUGCACAGCUAGAAGAGUACUGCCAAAGAACACCCUCCAUUAAACCAAUCCCACAACCUCCACAGCCACCAAAUCGAGUCUAUCAGCCUCCUACUUACAACCGUAUCAUUAACCAAAUAUCCACCAAUGAGAUCCAGAGUGACCAGAAUUUAAAGAUUCUACCACCGACUCUCCCAACCAUGUCUUCAGUUACCAGUAUCCCAACUUCCACUGACAAACCAUCAGGUCCUUGGAGAGACUGCCUGCAAGCUUUAGAAGAUGGUCAUGACACCAGUUCCAUAUAUCUUGUGAAACCUGAAAAUACAAACCGAUUGAUGCAGGUCUGGUGUGAUCAACGACAAGAUCCUGGUGGCUGGACAGUCAUUCAGAGACGUUUGGAUGGAUCUGUCAACUUUUUCAGGAACUGGGAGACUUACAAGCAAGGAUUCGGUAAUAUCGAUGGAGAGUACUGGCUGGGCUUAGAAAAUAUUUAUUGGCUGACAAAUCAAGGCAACUACAAAUUGUUAAUAACCAUGGAAGAUUGGUCAGGCCGGAAAGUGUUUGCUGAAUAUGCCAGUUUCCGACUUGAGCCAGAAAGUGAAUACUACAAGUUGCGACUGGGCCGAUACAAUGGCAAUGCUGGAGACUCUUUCACAUGGCACAAUGGGAAGCAAUUCACUACACUGGACAGAGACCAUGAUGUAUACACAGGUAACUGUGCUCAUUACCAGAAAGGGGGAUGGUGGUACAAUGCAUGUGCACACUCGAAUCUCAAUGGUGUUUGGUACAGAGGAGGACACUACCGAAGUCGAUACCAAGAUGGUGUCUAUUGGGCUGAGUUCCGUGGAGGCUCAUACUCACUGAAGAAAGUUGUCAUGAUGAUCAGACCUAAUCCCAACACAUUCCACUGAAAGGAACUUCUCAAGCCUUUUAUAUAACAGUUGUGUGUGCUAUCCAGAACACAUCUUUGCACCAGCAAAGAAUGUAAUAUAUUGUACAUUGACCGCUAUUAAUCAGAGGACUUGUAUAUUGUAUUUUCCAAGAAUCGUUCCAGAACCAAAAUAACAAGAUUUUAAGAAUGUCACCACAAAAUGAUUUUUUCCUUUUUUCUUAAGAGGUUUUCUUUUUUUUAAGAGUUAUCAGGUAAAACGGACUGUAGAUAAGCUGAGAUGCUAAAAAUACUGCCACAUCAUCUGAAUAUUUUUGUAUUUUUAUAUAUUCUCAAAUACUGGACAUAUUAAAAACUGUACAGCAAGACUUUUAAAAAUAAUAAAUUCAUUUGACACAGGAAAUAAUAUCCUUUGAAACUAUGUAGCCAGUACAGGUAUAUUAGAUUGUUCCUAAUUUAAACUUUGUUAGUUAUUGAGAGAGCGUAGUGUCUGCUUUGAAGUGUCCACACUGUGCCCAGCACAAAUAGAAUCCCCUAUUUUUCUUGGGUCUCAAAGUACUCUUAGAACUUAACAAUGAAUCAUUUUGUACAGGACAAGCAGUCCAGGUUGUUAUAUUCACUAUUAAUGCACUAGGCAUUAUCCAUAAACUGACCACACAGGUAUAUUUCUCAUAAACAAAACAAUUUCAGCAUUUUUCGGUUAAAUAUCUGGUCAUUUUAGAAGCAUCUUAGAUGUUACUUGUUCACUGUAUACUUUUGUAACCAACACUAAUACCUUUGCACCUAAAUGAUAGUUUAUUGGUUUCAAGUUAUUUUUUACCAUUAGAGUCAUUACCUGCUCUGUAGUCAUUGCAACAACAAAAAGAACUAUCCAAUUUUGCAGGCAAAUGAUGGAUAUAGAUAUAGAACCUAUUUAAAUGCCCUUGGACGUGAGAUUGUGACCUUUGAGAGAGAAUAUGUGAAACUUAAAACUGUAUUUGCCAUAUUUCACUAUUAUUGCCAAGUAUACAUAUUGAAAGGUGAUUAUGCAAUUAUAUUUAUAAAUAAAGUUCAUGGCAGAAACUUGAAUUCAAGUAUUCUGCUAAGUUUCCAGAACAGAUUAUUUUAUCACAUGUUGCAUUAUAACAUCCUUUUCAAACCUGGUGCCCUCCAGAUGUUUUGGACCACAAUUCCCUUCACUCCUAACCAUUGGCCAUGCUAGCAGGAGCUGAAAGCUAGACUCAGAACAUCUGAAGGGCACCAGUUGAAUAAGGCUGCAUUAUAGGAACAGUGAAAAACCAUGCAUUUAAAAACUCUUAUUACCUCAUUAUUUCUUUCCUAACAUACAAUGUGUGUCAAAGGUUUGGAGUGUGAUGUAGCAUGUCUUGUAUAUAAAUCAAAGUAGGGAUUUUAAUAUAUUAUCUGAUUAUCCUUGUAAUGAUGCAAAUGUGUAAUAAAAGCAACAAAUGCUAUUUUGAUGUACUUAGA